UCGGCCCGCAGCUCCCGCUAUGGCUGCGCUGCGGAGGCUCCUGUGGCCGCCGCCUCGGCUGUCGCCGACGCUCGCCCCGCAGCAGCCCUUCCUCUCGCCAUGGGGACGGCCUGCGGGGACCGUUCCGGGGAUGUCGGGCCGGCCUUUCUCCUGCCGGGAGGAGGACGAGGAGGCCGUAGCGGAGGCGGCGUGGCGGCGGCGACGCUGGGGCGAGCUGAGCAUCGCGGCGGCAGCGGGCGGGGGGCUGGUCGGCCUUGUGUGCUACCAGCUGUACGGGGACCCCAGAGCCGACUCCUCGGAGCUAGCGGUCCCCGAGCUCGACGACCCGCCCCGCGGCAGGGGGCUGCUGCCCAUCCCGGUGGCUGCUGCCAAGGAGACGGUUGCUACUGGCAGAGCCGUUACUGAAGACUUGGACCUCUAUGCUACAUCUCGAGAGAGAAGGUUUCGUUUAUUUGCAUCUAUAGAAUGUGAAGGACAGUUAUUCAUGACUCCAUAUGAUUUUAUUCUGGCUGUUACAACAGAUGAGCCCAAAUUUGCUAAAACGUGGAAGUCACUUUCUAAACAGGAAUUAAGUCAGAUGCUCUCAGAAACUCCACCAGUUUGGAAGGGAUCAUCAAAGCUUUUUCGAAAUCUUAAAGAAAGAGGUGUGAUUUCUUACACAGAAUAUCUUUUUCUUUUAUGUAUUUUAACAAAGCCCCAUGCAGGCUUCAGAAUAGCUUUCAACAUGUUUGACACCGAUGGGAAUGAGAUGGUGGAUAAAAAGGAAUUUUUGGUGCUUCAGGAGAUAUUCAGGAAAAAAAAUGAAAAAAGAGAAACUAAAGGAGAUGAAGAUAAACGUGCAAGGCUGCGUCUUCAACUUUAUGGAUACCAUUCUCCUCCUAAUAGUGUACUUAAAACAGAUGCUGAGGAACUUGUCUCCAGAAGCUACUGGGAUACCCUGAGACGGAGCACAAGCCAGGCGCUCUUCUCAGACCUCGCAGAGCGUGCUGAUGAUAUCACAAGCUUAGUAGCAGAUACUACACUUCUGGUGCACUUUUUUGGAAAGAAAGGAAAAGCUGAGCUCAACUUUGAAGAUUUUUAUAGGUUUAUGGAUAAUCUACAAACAGAAGUUCUAGAAAUAGAAUUUCUUUCCUACUCUAAUGGAAUGAAUACUAUCAGUGAAGAAGAUUUUGCCCAUAUUCUUCUACGGUAUACUAAUGUGGAAAAUACAUCAGUAUUUUUGGAAAAUGUGCGCUACAGUAUACCUGAAGAAAAGGGCAUUACAUUUGAUGAAUUCAGGUCAUUUUUCCAGUUUCUAAACAACUUAGAAGACUUUGCAAUAGCUCUUAAUAUGUAUAACUUUGCAAGCCGUUCUAUAGGACAAGAUGAAUUUAAACGUGCUGUAUACGUAGCUACUGGACUGAAACUUUCACCACACUUGGUAAAUACUGUCUUCAAGAUUUUUGAUGUUGACAAAGAUGACCAAUUAAGUUAUAAAGAAUUUAUUGGGAUUAUGAAAGACAGACUUCAUAGAGGGUUCCGGGGUUAUAAAACAGUCCAGAAGUAUCCGACCUUCAAAUCCUGCCUGAAAAAGGAACUUCAUAGCAGAUAAGUCCUUCUAAUCAAGAAUUGAAGGAUUGUGAUCUAUGUGACCAGGCAAGGAGCAGGAUUUGAGUGGAUCAAAAUAUAAGGUCGGAGCAUGCAGAGAAUGAAAGGAAUGGGAAAUGCUAUGAAAUGUACAUUUUUUUCCUUGAAUGGAGUUUAUCAGCACCAAACAGAGGAACCCGCAUCUUCUCAGUACAAGCACUAGCGGGGUUGGGCCCGAGCACCGCCAGAGCAAACUUGUGCAAACACUAAAUAUAAUGAGCUGCGCUUCCGCCAUGAGAGACUGCACUCAACUUCUUCAUUCCCCGUGGGGUAGUCCGAUGACUAUCUGAGAACGUUUAGAUUGUUUAUUUAUUUAUUAGAAAUGUCCUUUAUUUCAGAAUAACUUAUGAGUGAUAGAAUAUAGAUGGAAACACAUUUCUUCAGGUUUGCACUGUGAGCGUGUUUUCAUCCCGUGAAUAUUGCUUCAGGUUUGUCCUGGGCUCUUAAAUUGUUAGUAAGUCUCUGUUAUUUAGCUUGUAUUUAAUUAUAAUGAAGUAAUUUCAGAAAACAAGUGAAAAUUUACUAAGCAAUAGGAUGGUUUACAUUGUACUUUCAGCUUUUAAAAGUACCUAUGUAAUGUGCAUUGUUGGAUUUAUGUAAAUUUUUGUCUUUGCUGUUCUUUGUGUUUUGUUUUUGUACCAAAACCAACAGAGAUUCAGGUAUUUUAUUUUAACAGAAAUUUAGUUUUUGUUUUUUUGUUUUUUAAAGAAAACACAGCAGCCAUGUGCUGACAUUAGUAGCAAGAGCAGAGGCAGUAGUAAUGGCCAUCAUGAGAUUCCUCGUCACAGGCGUGACUCGUGGAAAUGAAAACAGUAACAUUGGAUAUUGUUAAUAUAUGUCUAUAGCAUCAAAACUAACAUAAAUGGCCUAGAAGGUUGAUGUCUAUUUAUUUAAUAGGUAGAAGAUAAUGUUUUGUUUCUUGAAAAAAGGACCACAUGCAAAAUUGAUCCAAACAGUCAGUAGUGAUGAAUCAUUUAUAUGUAAUCCAUUAUAUCGAAAUACUAUGUCUUAAAAGAGAAAAUAAAACUUUCUCUUGAAAAACCCACUAGAGAGACUGACCAGCAUGGUCACAACUCAGUCUGCCUGGCUGUAGUGCAAGCUCAAGCCAUAUCCGCAACUUAGAAGAACCCUGCCAACGUAAAAUCACUGGGGAAGUAGGGGCUUUGCCUGCAUGCAUGAGGCCUUAGGUUUAACUCCCAACUCUGAAAAAGAAGGAAAGGCAGGGGAAGGGAAAGGAAGGGAAGGGAAAGAAGGAAAUAGAAAAAAAAAAGAAAUCCUAGAUUUUCACAUUGAAAAAUAAUUUUAGAAUAUUUAAUAGAACUUUGGCUACCUGAUAAAAUCAGUUUAUACAAAGGUACUAUAAAAUAAUGCAAUGAGUUUAAGUUAAUAUAUUUAUGUAUUGCAUGUUAAAAGAUUAAUAGAUUUGUUUAUCUUUUGUAAGAUGUGUGUAGUAUAAAUUGCAUACACUCCAAGCACUUUGCUUUUGCAUAGGAAAAUAGAAAACACUGGCUUUAUUUUAAGUUAUUGAAUGUGAAUUGGUCAGCACCAGCCUAUUUGUAAACUGUUAUUUUGGUAUUAGUAGUAUUGAUUAUGUUUUUGAGACAUUUCCACAUUCUUUGUCUGAUAUUAUUUAUUGCACCAAUAAAGAAAUAGAAAUGUGCAAUGCAGUCAAGUUAUUUUUAACAUAAUUUCACUGCUUUGAAACUUUAGUCAUUUUGAUGACUAAGCAGAGAUAUCUACCCACACAUUUAUCAUGUCUUAGGCCUAGAUUGUUCUUAGGAAUACAGGAUGUGUAAAAUAAUUGAAAAAAUAUAAAUUAAUCUUUGUCUAUUAGUUAUAUUAUCACACAUACACGGAAACCUUGCUAAUAUGGAUUAAAAAUUAAAUAACCUAUUUAAAGAUCCUUUGUAAGUAUGUCAGUAUCCCAAGAAAAUAAUGUAAUAUAUUCAUAGCCACUAGUCCUUAUUGCUUUAUUGUGAAUGGGUUUAUUUAUAGGUGGCAAGAUAAUAUAAAAAUGAGAGAAAUAAAAUGCCCUGGCCAAUUAUAUGAUAAGAGUGAAGGACAGUGGUGCCCCUCGUGUCACUCUUAAGCCUUUCUGCCUACAAUGGAGGUUGAAAUAACUCAAGGGCAGCAUGGUUAAGUCAGUUGAAAUGUUUUUGAAUGUUUGCAUAUAACACACUAAUUACACAAAUGUGAACUUCACAUUUUCCUUCUACAAAUUACACACAUUUCACAAACAUUAAACUCUGCAUAAAAUUUUAGUGUUGCUAAAAGCCUGCCUGAUAAAUGGUAUUUGGUACUUCUCAGAAUAGUUUAUAAUAAAUUGUUCUAACUUAAAAUCUGAUUGUUAUUUUAAAACUUAAUUGUAAAGCUAUGUCUUACAUUGUUAUAUUAUCUUAAGAUAAAUUUACCUCCUUGAAUCAAAAAACAUUGCAGUUUGCUAUUGAGUAUAUCAGUCAAUGAAUUUCGUUCUGAAAAUACCCCUUUCUAAAGUGGAAAUAAUCGUAAUGGGUUACCAUUGAUCUUAUCAAACUGAACUCAUGAUAUCUCCGCAGAUACGGACAUUGCAGCCUUGGAGCCUUCUCAGAGCAUUUCAGAGAUGCUUGUCUUAUAGGACUGUGACGGUUAGCACUAGAAAGAUUUCCAGAAAGUUUAUAUGUGCCUUAAUGGAGUGUCUAUUUUGUUUCACAGAACUAAUCAUUUAAAUGGCUCAAAAUGAAGU